UUUAAGGGUAGUGCUUUUUUGAUAUUUUUUUCAUUGGUACGAUUAUUUUGGACAUUCAAAUACGAUAAUUCACUUCCGUGCAGCUGGCAACCCUUUUUAGUGUUCAUGUGUUUGGACUGUUUGGCGAAAAAGCCAAUAAAUUAGCUUACUGCAGCGAAUUUCACAAUUUAUAACUUAAAAUGUCACUAAUUGUGGUCGAGGACGAUUCGAGCGACGAGCUAGCAUCAGUGUCUGAUGGCGAGCAAGGCAAACAUGUCCUCAAAAACAAGAUUACGAAUAAAGCGAGCGCACAAGAGUUGACCAUGGACGAAAGGUCUUACGAUGAAGCAGAGACUGUGGACACUGCUGAUAAUAAUGAUGAUGAAGAAAAACCCCUCUUAGAACUAAUGAAGCACCUGAUAAACUACAACGGCAAGCAGAACACAAAGCUGACCAACAACCAGCUCGUCGGAAUCCUGAAGAAUGAGUUCGACCUGGACCCCGCGAACCUGCACUUCAUCAGUGUGGAUAUAUAUAUGAAUGUGCUGAAAAAGUUCUUGAAAGAAUGGCCGCAGUGGGAUGAAUUUGAUCAGAUCAUGCAUGAAACCCGCUGUAUGGAUGACCACGAAGAAAUUGAAAAAAUGCUCGACAUAGAAUACAUAUCCCUAAAGGAAUACCUCGCUACCAUAUUGAAAGCGACUCAACCCUUCGCCCGAGAAGCAGCCCAGAAACUAAAGCGAAGCCAAGAAAUACCCGAAACCAGCAAAGCGGUCCCCGGAGACGUUGUCUUAGAGAUAAAUUGCACUAGAAACCAAUUAAAUAAACUAUUCUUCAGAAAACCACAUCCAGAACACAAAAGCACGAUAUUUAAUAUAGAUUCUUACGUACCAUCAAAAAUAUAUAUUAACCAACAGAGCUUUCGGUCUAUGUUAAAUUCCUGCUAUGUCAAUAUUUCUAUAAAUAUACCAUGUUUUAAGUAUAAACGAGAAAUGCAGCCUAAUUUCAAGCAUAAAUUAAUUAAUAAAAAUCUAAGACAGCUUGAACGGGAGCCGAAGUUAAACACACACUUACAAUCAUGGAAGAAUACGAAAACACAAGCGGAUGUGGCUAGGAAAGACUUGAAAUUAGUUAUAGAGAAAAUACAGCAUUCAAACAGAUAUAGUAAAGAACAACAAGAAGAUGUAGAUACUAUAUUUAAAACGGUUAACGAGGAUUUCAAAGUUUUGACAGCAUCAUAUAACGAUGGGAGGGUAGAAAUACCUUGUACAUUUAGGUUUUAUUUGAGCAAAUAUCCAUAUGUGAGACAUUUAUAUGAAGAAGUUGAUACUGAAUCGGAGAAAUAUGAUUUGCAGCUGGAAGAGAAGAUUUCACCGAUGCUGUGGUUCCAUAUAUCCAGGUUAAGCCUGGUGACCAGGUCGACGAACACAGACAGCGACUGGCUGAAGCUGGAGUGUUCCAUCUGUCAGACCAAGUACCACGGCGUCGAGGGCAUAGAGGCGCUGAAGGCACAUUUCAGGGAGUCUCAUCAAAACGAGCCUAACUGGAGCUGCAGCCACUGUGACAAGGAGUUCGUGGCCACACAACUGGCAACCGCCAGGUGGCACCAUCGGUGCGAAAACAUUGGGGAGGGGGAGCACAAGCUGUUCGAAAAUUAACUAGAUUCAAACCAACCUAAUUGUGCAUGCUACAGAGUAAAGAUACCAUACACGGUGUUUUGUUUAAUGUCCGACAAUCAAGGGUGCAUUCCUGAGCCUAAAUUAAGUAACUUUCUCAAAGAAACCGGUAUUCUAAUUAAGUCCAUUUUGGAGAUAAUCAAUGAUUUAUUUUUAUCUGAUAUGAUACACGGUGUUUUUUUAAACCCCGAUAAUUUUAAGGAUGCAUUCUUGAGCCUAAAUUAAGUAACCUCAAAGAAACCGGUAUUCUAAUGAACUCAAUUUUGAAGAUAAUCAAUGAUUUAUUUUUAUCUUAUAUAAUACACGGUGUUUUUUUUAUAAGACUUUUUAAGUCCAACAAUUUCAAGGGUGCAUUCCUGAGCCUAAAUUAAGUGACUUUCUCAAAGAAACCGGUAUUCUAAUUAAGUCCAUCUUGGAGAUAAUCAAUGAUUUAUUUUUAUCUGACACGGCCCCUAGGACCGUGUGAACUGUGUUCAAAAUAUCUACAUGAGAUGUCACUUUUACCUUUCAAUAUCAUUUUAGAUAUAUUUUGUUGCAUAUUUUAAUAAUAAAAUAUCAGAUUAUGAAAACACAUUUGAAAAUUUAGGGUUGUAUGAAUUUUCCAGUACUUCAAGGUCAUCGAGCAAGCUUACAGUUAUACAGUGUGUUUAUUUAGUUACCUGCAAUAAUUUACGGGUGAAUAUGCACCGUGUUUUUUUUUAUGUCCGUUAAUUUCAAGUGUGCAUCCCUGAGCUUAAAUUAAGUAACUUUCUCAAAGACCUGUAUUCUAAUUAACUCCAUUUCGGAGAUAAUCAAUAAUUAAUUUUUAUCUUAUAAUGCUCUUACGAGCGUGUACACUUCCCUUAGGGCCUCUUUACAUAUUGAUUAGUGUUUAGUCCGAGUUAAUACAUUUGCUAAUUAGCGCACAUACUAUCUCGGACGAUCGAUGUUCAAAAUGACAUUGAGAUGUCACAGUUUUCAAUUGUUUGGUUGAGUUAAAUGUAAUGCCCGUGUUACAACAACGCUAUAUGCAACAUUUAAUUACUUUUUAUAAAAAUUAAAAUAUUAAAAAAAUUAUAU